UUCUCGCUCGAUUCGGUCUUUAUUCACUCAUGUAUAAAUACUGUACCUACGCCGGGCAGAAGCCCAAGCAACGAGACGAGUAUUUGCCCACUCAUCCGCUAUCCGCCCGCUCUCGCCUGCUUCUAGUGUUUUCCGACUUCACCGACGCUCGCCACCGCUUUACCCGCUAACGCUCGCGUCACCGAACCCGGAUUUCCCACAUUUUUUUGAGUGUUAUUUCUUUCUCGUUUCAACAUAUAAACCCUCCGCGACGGACUGAUCACCCGCUCGCGCCCGAAAAUUCUUUUCUUUAGGUACCUACUAACAUCUAGAUAACGACAUGUCAGCUCACUCUAACAGUGAUGAAGAAAUCGGCACCGAGCCGCGAGGACGAACGCUCGCGGACGAGGUACGUACGGCGGGAGGCGACCUCGACGCAGAGAGGUACGCACCCGGCGUGUUUGAAGGGACGGGCCUGUUGAGCGAGUACCAACUUCCGCCACCGGAACCCGACGCCCGCGAUCAACAGGGACCCCCUCUAUUCGCUGCGACUGACAUUGCCCUCGCCGUCAAGUGGGGCAUCACGGACUACGACGUACUCGCCAAGUACGCCACCGGGUCUCGCAGGGUCACGCGUAGUGCCAAGAACGCGUUGAGCCCUGUCGCCGAAAGACGCGAUGCAAGGGAUGAUAGCGCGCCGUCGAUCCCACUGCGAAGUGGUGAUCCGGCUGGCGCACCGUCGAUCCCGAUGCAAAGCGGUGAUCCGGUUUACAGUAACGCACCGUUGAUCCAGCCACGAAGUGGUGAUCCGGUCGCUCAGAGCGCGCCGCGACGCAAUGCGACGCCGGAAAGCGAGGUGCCUAGCACCGAGAGCUCGCUGACCCGAUCAACGGAUCGGGAGUCCAGCCCCGCUGUGUCCUCUCCAGCCGACAUGGGGAGCGACUCGAACCACAGCUGGCAAAUGGUACCUGUUCGAAAGUCAGAAGCUUCGUCGACUACGAACAGUGAAACAAGGGUAACUAAACGUUACUUCUUCCCGGAUUGGUUCGAUCUGAGUGAAUCAGAUGAUCCUUAUGGAUCUAUUCCAGAGGAAUGGGGAACUUCCGAUGGAGAAGUAAAGGAGGAGGAACAAAGCUCACCUACUCUACCCACGAUAACUCCUGUAGAUUACUCUGAGUUCGAUGAAUUAAUCAGUAUUAUGUCGGACUCGGAGGGCGCAUCUUAUGAGUACUCAGCCGCCGAAGACUCCGAUGAGGAGUAUAAUCAACUUCAGAUCGCGAUUGCACGAUCACUCAGUGACGACACGCGAAAGACUACCUGUGAAUGCAGUAAUUGUUGAGGUCGAGGCAGAACCGGCUAAAACAAAGAAAUAUACUGCAAAGGAGAAAGGAAAAGGUGUUGACCG